ACCAUGACAGCACUACGUCACACAGCUUGUACCUGCCCCGUCGGCUCCUCCUGCAUAACAAAAGCUUUACGAACCCGAAGUGACUCUCCCUCUUCGGUCUGAAGCGAGACACAAGCCUACAGUCAUGGCAGAUGAGGAUUUCACCACUGCGGAUUCCGGGGCCUCCAAUACUUACCCAAUUCAGUGCUCUGCCUUGAGGAAGAACGGCCUUGUUAUGAUCAAAGGAAAUCCCUGUAAGAUCGUGGAAAUGUCUACCUCUAAGACUGGCAAGCAUGGGCAUGCUAAGGUUCACCUCGUUGGAAUUCACCUGUUUACCCAGAAGAAGUUUGAAGAUAUCUGCCCCUCUACCCAUAACAUGGAUGUCCCAAAUGUAACAAGGAGAGACUAUCAGGUAUGUGAUUUAGAUGCAGAGGGUUUCCUGGCCCUGAUGGAUGAUAAUGGAGACACCAGAGAGGACCUCAAAGUGCCAGAUAAUGAAGUGGGCAAAGAUAUCAGGAAGAGAUUCAGUAAUGGUGAAACUUUUAUGGUGUCUGUGCUGAAAGCAUUAAAAGACGAGGAAGUUGUCGGCACCAAAGUCUUGACUUCUUAAGUCCAGGACAGAGUUGGAGACCUCCCACUCCAAUGAUCCACUACGGCUUCGAAGCAUCACCAAAGUUAAUGGCCUUCACCCCACAUCUACACAGUUUCCCUGCUGGUCAAAUGAAAUCUGGAAACUGGACUGGGUCAGCUUCAUCAGCUGUACCUUAGGCUCAGGGCCGACUAGCAUUCUCUUCAAACAGUGACCUUAUCCACCCUUAGCCAUCAAAGCUUCACUUUGCAGUGGUUACUGAUAUUAUUCCAGGAAUUUUAAAAAUAUUCCAGCAAUUCAUAACAUUCUUUUUAGACAAUGGAAAUGUGUUCUUUUUUUUUUCUGUGUGCAUUGCUUUUUAAAGUCAUUCCUUUUUGUUCUUUUAAAGCUUGUUUACAGCUGAGAUGCUGAACAAUGCUUGCAUCUUACAUUCUCCCCCUUAAUGUGUUAUUUCUGCUGGCUGACAUUAGACAAGAGCAGCUCCAGCUCUUGUAGACUUGACAAGAGAAAGAUUUCUUGAUGAUGAUGGAAUAUACAUUUCUGCAACUCCAAACUCAAACAUAAACACAAGCACACUUAGAAUUGACUUUUAUACACAUGCCUUAGCAGUUGAAUUAAUGUAGAAGGCAACAUUUGAUUUACUGUGCAUUUCAACCUCAGAUCACACAACAAGAUUUCUACUGCAUCCAGCCAGGUUGCAAUUCGAUUAGCUUUUUGUAGCAGGGGAACACUGCCUUCUCAGCUGUUCUGGGGGCAUAACAGGCCUAGGCAGGGGGGGUUGGGUGGGGCCACUUUCUCCUCUAUGCUAUCAAACUUUCUCUUUCACCCGAGGCCUUUGUCAGCUGAAAAAAGUAUAGCAAAAGACUUUGUUAGAGCAAAAAACGUCAAACCUUUGCUAUUAUGGUCUUAAAACAAUUUGUAUUUGAAGCUUUGAAGAAAGCUAAUAUUUCAUCACAAUGCUGAACUCGAUUUCUUAGAAUGAAAGGGUGGAAACAGCUUCAUAAGAUGUUGCCACAUCUUGGUCUCCAUUCCAAUAUUGGUUAUCAAGAGCUUAUUAUUGGAGAUCUUGGUAACCAAACCAUAGAUGAGUGUUAAAAAUUAGCUGUACUUUUGGUUGUGGGUUGAGGAAGGUGGUUGUAAAAAAUCAAUUGAGGGGUAGGGGUCUGUGCAGCUUGGGGGGGGGAUGAUUGUUACUAAAUUAUGAUUGGUCGUAGUUAUCUACGUUUACAUACAGCCUAGAAACUUGUCGGGGAACAUCGGGUAUUUCAGGAAAUCAGAAUGCCUAUUGGUUGCUGUAGAAUCUGCAUUCACAUGCAGGUAGUCAGUUUCCUCUCUUACCUCCCUCAAAAUACAAACCGUAAAACUAUUUGAAGUGUAUUAGCAAUAUCUUUGAAGCGCUGCAGUCUGAGCUUUUUCAUUUUCUAUUCCUUGGGUUUUCUAUCUGACCAUUUGGACUGACAGUGUAAAAAGGAGGACCGACUCUUCAGAAGAAGCCUAAUUAAGUUAUUGUUCCGCUGUGCAAAUUACUUAGAUUCUUUUUUGAAUUUUUUUUAUUAUGGCUUUAGAUUUCAGCCUAAAGGGCCUUCAAGGAGCUAUAUGAUCUUAACUCCUCCUACACCUCUGUCAUAGCAAUACUUUCCCUAUUACAACAUCUGUUCAUGAACGUGUGCUCUUUGUAAAAAAAACAAAAACGUAGAAACCGAAUCAACACAAGGCCAAGAGUAUGGGAUACCUGCUUUAUGGGAUAAAGGAAUUUCUGCAAGACAGAGAAAUCCCUUUAUCUCAUACAGCGGGUGAGGGAGGUGUUUACAUGAUGUUUGUGACGUCAGAUUAUUGCCUAGAGUUGACAAUAACCAGAUUACUUAAUUUGUGAAAUCACAGUGCUUGUUAUGUUAACAUAGAAAUGUAUUGCUGUAUGUCUAUCUUGCAAGGAGUGCUCUGUGCAACAGCAGCCGGUCUGUUAUUUUUGUUCUGACUUCAGUCCACUUAAAAGUAUUUUUUAAUUCCAUCAAGACACCAAAGUAAUUCACUGAAUGUUAUCUUACUACAUUUCCUUUGUUUCACAUCAUUCCAUUUUCUUAAACGUGCUGUAUUGUCCUGAAUAACACCAAGUCAGGAGCUUUGGCUUUCUAACCAACGCUCAGAUUUUCACCAGUAGUACAACAGCACAACACAAGUACUUUGGAGCCGUUAUACUGUAAACUGUUUACUAAAUGUAAAUCUCAUUCUCAGUUUUUAUAUCUUUAAGUAGAGCAGAUAAGCAUUAGACCAGCAAACUCAUUCUGUAAGGAAGCAGUAUUGUAGAAACUUGUCUUCUGGCUGACAAUCAGAGGCAAACUGGAGCACGUGGUGACACUUUGAUGUCCUGCUUGUCUUCAGAAACACAUGAAUCAUCUCUCAAACUGAUCCCGAAGUGUGUUCAAGUUAACCCGUCGUAUGCAAUUUGAAGAAAUGCUGCAAAUAUAUUAAACUAGUUGCAGUUAACACUUUUUUUGUUGCAAACAUGCCAUUAUGUAAACAAGUAUGCUUCUGUAACACAUAGCUAGCCCCUCAGUGUAAUGUCAAACUAUCCCCCCCCCUUCCAUCUCCACAGUUGUAAACGAAGAUAACAGUCUUCCUUAAGCCAUAUGUAUGACAGGCUGUGACAUGUCUCUAACACGGCCUGGCAGAAUAUUAACCCUUUUCUUACCCACUGUUUUUUUUCCAAUUAUUAAGCUCCUCUGGCCGCUUCAGACGUAGCUAUUAUUACAAUUGCGUCUUGUCGUUGAUCCCCUUAAACAUGGAGAAAGAAUACAGGAAUUUCCUCUUGAUAUAAUUAAAAAGAAAAAUGUUUACAAUAUUGGAGAGAUGGCCCUGUCCUUGUUGGUUUCACAUAGAUUCUUGAUGGCAAAUAAUCUCAGGGCUUCAAAGAAAGUGUUAGGAGACGUGUUACUUUAACCACGUUGACAGUGAAAAUAAUAACAUGAGAAUCAAGUUGUUUAAUUACCAUCUUUUUUUGUAGAAUUUCUAGUUUUUUUCUUUUCAGUCAUCUUCUCUGGCACCUCCAUCAGAAACCUCUCAUUUUCUCUCAACUCUGCUACAUUAUUUGUCUUGCAAGGAACUGUUAAAUUUGUAUGUUAAAACCACCUGUAUUGUAUUGUGUUAAAACAGGGAAAAGGUGAAUUUGUAAUUCUGUAUCCUUUGUUUUUGCUAGUGAACGUUUUUAGGAUGUUUCACAGAUUGGCACAGGUCUCUUCUUCCUUUUGAUAUUUGUUAGAAACAGUUUAUUUGGGGAAUUUGACCUUGAGCCUCUUCUGAUGCAUAAAGAUAAAAUACAUGGGCUUCUUUCUUCUCUAUUCUAAUUAAAGUAUGGCUGCUGCCUCGAAAAAA